UGCUGGCCGCCGUCUCACACACUGCCUGGCAUGUCGCUCUAGAGGCACUCUCCUACUAGCGUAGAAAACGCUGCUGACGUGUUGGCCCCGAGUUACUCUUACGGAGACAGUGGUGAGGAUGUGGAAGCAUCUCUUCCAGGCGGCAAUGUCCCUUUCUCGCUCCCGCGCCCUCUCCCCCUUCCCUCCACACAUUCGCUCGUCCUGUGUGCUCACGCUCCUUCCCUCCGUCAGGCACUAGGAAAGGCGCAGAGCUUUUUGGAGGGGGGACUCAACCCCAUCUUCACAACCCAGCCAAGUCCCUGCUACUUGGAUGUAGUUUAUUACUAGCAAUAACGCUGGGAGCCGUGUGGGACGCAAUUGGGGCAAAUGUGCUUUCCCUUCAUGGUGGGAAAUUGGCUGGCUGGCUGAUUCCCAUUCGCCUUAGCCACCCGCUCUCCAUCAUUUAUUGCUGGCAGGCAGAGUUCCUUCUCGUCGUCUGGUGUCUGCUUAGACUCCUGAUUGUGGCUUGACAAUAUGCUCACAGAGAGGUGUCUAGGAUUAGUGUACUCUGGCUGGUACCUCUGGGCAUCCUUGUUCCUGUCCUUCUGGAAAGUCUCCCAACAAGGUGAAAACCAAAGGCGUCUCUACAGAGAACUACUGAAAAACUACAAUCGCUUGGAACGUCCGGUAAUGAAUGAUUCGCAACCUCUUGUAGUGGAGCUGCAGCUAUCAUUGCUUCAGAUCAUUGAUGUGGAUGAAAAGAACCAGGUAUUGAUAACAAAUGCUUGGCUACAGAUGUCCUGGAUCGAUGCAUAUUUGUCAUGGGAUCAGUAUGAAUAUCCAGGUGUUCAGAACUUACGAUUUCCAGCUGAUCAGAUUUGGGUGCCAGACAUUCUUCUCUACAAUAGUGCAGAUGAAAGAUUUGAUGCCACGUUUCACACAAAUGUUCUGGUAAACUACUCGGGAGCUUGUCAGUAUAUACCUCCAGGCAUCUUGAAGAGCACAUGUUAUAUUGAUGUCCGCUGGUUUCCUUUUGACGUGCAGAAAUGUGAUUUGAAAUUUGGUUCAUGGACACACAAUGGCUGGCUGCUUGAUCUGCAGAUGCUUGAAGCUGAUAUUUCCAAUUACAUAUCAAAUGGUGAAUGGGAUUUGGUGGGUGUCCCUGGGAAAAGGAAUGAGUUGUACUAUGAGUGCUGUAAAGAGCCAUAUCCGGAUGUGACCUACACAGUGACAAUGCGUCGCCGCACUCUCUACUACGGCUUGAACUUACUGAUUCCCUGCGUCCUUAUAUCAGGCUUAGCACUGCUCGUCUUCUUGCUGCCAGCUGACUCGGGAGAAAAAAUAUCUCUGGGCAUUACAGUUCUCCUGUCCCUAACAGUUUUCAUGCUGCUUGUAGCUGAGAUAAUGCCUGCCACCUCGGAUUCUGUUCCAUUAAUAGCUCAGUAUUUUGCAAGCAUCAUGGUCAUUGUUGGCUUGUCUGUGGUGGUGACAGUCUUGGUUCUUCAGUUUCAUCAUCAUGACCCUCAAGCAGGAAAGAUGCCGCAAUGGGUCCGUGUCAUUCUGCUAAACUGGUGUGCUUGGUUUUUGAGAAUGAAAAAACCUGGGGAGAGCAUAAGGCCCCUUUCUUGCAAAUACAGCCAUUCUAAGCACCAGUCAAGUGUCAGCAGUGUGGAAAUGAAUGUCUUACCGGGACAUGAAUCUAGUAAUGGCAAUGUGAUCUACAGUUACCACGCCAUGGAAAACCCCUGCUGCCCACAGAACAGUGAUGUGGGCAGCAAGGGUGGAAAGGGUCCUGGCUCUUCUCCGGAAGAUACUGAACUUACUCAAAGGAAAGCUUUAAUGGACACUAUCCCCGUGAUUGUGAAGAUCCUGGAAGAAGUUCAGUUUAUUGCAGCCCGUUUCCGAAAACAAGAUGAAGGGGAAGAAAUCUGCAGUGAAUGGAAGUUUGCAGCUGCCGUCAUAGACAGAUUGUGCCUCGUGGCAUUUUCACUGUUUGCCAUCAUCUGCACACUCACAAUACUAAUGUCUGCUCCCAAUUUUAUCGAAGCUGUUUCAAAAGAUUUUACAUAAAAAUCUCAGAAAUGAACAGAAGAAAACCCAACUGUAAUUAGAGAUUAUGAAUUGAUGCCAUUAAUUUUGCUAAACAGUGUGAUUUUAAAUGGGGAAAUGUACUUUCUGUGCUGAUUUCAACGGUGGAAAGGAAUUGGAAUGAGUUUCAACGUCCGAUUAUCCCCCACCCACCCCACAUCUGUUAGAGAUUAUAGGAACAGGAUUAAGUACCUGGCUCUGUUACUUGUUUCUUAAACAGUGUCUUCUCCCUGUUCUUGUGUCAUGAUUUCUGAUAAGUAUCAGACAAGAAACCAAGUGUACAGCAUAUGUAUUAUCAAGUAAAUAGUAAAGUAUGUGUAUUAUUAAGAAAACAUUAGUGAACAUUUUGCUGCAUUGGUAAAUCCUUCCUAGAAACAUAUUCUUUGCUAAAGAUGUCAUUUUCAAUAUUUUGUUUUGGCUCUUUGCUUGCCACAGAUUUUAUCUAUGAUAAUGGAGCACUCCCACCUUGAAUGAUAUUGUUAAGUUUCAGUUUGCCAAAUAAAUGGCAGGUUUCAGCUUUUAUCAUCAUGGUGACUGAAAUAUAUUUUUUAGUCGAUGAUACUGUCAAGUCAAUGCUGUGAACAUUUUCUAAUAGGUUAAACAUGUUUUCAGUGUCCAACAGGUAAAGUUUUUCUAUUACCAGAAUUGCAGCAAAAUGACAGAUGAUAAUAAAUUUAGAUACUUGUUUCUUCCCUAA